UUGAGCAAAAAAAUUAUGACAUUACCUUAAACAGUAAAGCUUCAAAUUUUUGGCCAGGCUUUGACCAAGUUUAGAGGCCUGCUUCAAGGACUACCUACCAGUUUUUCACACGUGUUUUUUCUUGCCUCAGCUCCAAUGCAAAUUCCCAGAAGAAACCAUCUCAUCUCUGCAAGGGCAAUGUCUCCAUUUUGCAUGUGAAAAUAAGCUCUUUAGGCUGCAUAGAUUACAGUGAUCUCUCAUUCUCAGAUAUCCGUUUGAUACUGAAAAAGAGAGAAACAUGCAAAAGGAAAAUAAAGAGAAAAAGAGAGAUCCUUAACUAUGACCCCAAAUCAUUUAACCCCACCACGUAUGCGUCUCAGACUUCUCGUGAGUAGCCAAACCCAACAUUAAAUAACAGGAAAGAAACAAGAACAAAAGAAAAAAAAAGUAAAGAAACCCAAUCCCCCGUCCCUUGCAGCUCACUCAUUCACUCUUUCUAUCUCCCUUUCUGUUUCUCUCUCUCAAUAGCUUUGCAAAGGGUAAGAUAAUGUUUUAUCCCACCGACUCCAUUUCUUCAACUUAGAGCCUCUUAUCCAAUAAUUAACAUCAAUGUCACAGUAGAACUCAGUUACCGCAAAGGGAGGGUAAAACAGGUAAGAUAAAUAGGAGGAAAGAGAUGGAUUUAAGUAGUAGAAGAGCAGGAGCUAAGAGCAGUGUUGUUGCAGGGUCAGUGUGGGAAACUAGAAUGAAAAAUGAUGAAGUCAAAGGUGGAAUUAAGGUUUUCAAUGGAGAAGAAAACAGCAAUACUGAAGAAAAUACUGAUGGUGGUAAUAAAAAACUAAGCUCGAGUAAAGGCCAGACUAUUGGCAGUGUGGCUGUUAGUGGCAAGAGAAAGACUUGGAAAAGUGAAAGCUUUGAAGGGUUUGAGAGGAAGAAGACAUUUCAGAUUGCUAAAGGCAAAACUGAGGAACAAUGCAAGGAGUUGAGUGUGUCCGUUGAUGGAAUUAAGAAGAGCCCCAUUCGGGUAGCUAAAGGAAGAUCCGUCGUACAUUGCAAAGACUUGAGCUUGUCUGUUGAUGGAAUUAAGAAGACUCCAGUUCAGGUCAACAAAGGAAGAUCUGAAGGAGUUAGAGAACUUAGUAAGUCUGUUGAUGGAAUUGAGAGAGGCCCAAUUCAUAUGAAGAAGCCAAGAUCUGAAGUUCCUAAAAGGUCUUCUGAUAUUACUGAAUCUGGUGAGAGAAUAGAAGGGAAUUCAGUUCAAUUAAGGAAGGCAAAAUCAGAUUCAGUUAAGGCCUCAGAUCAGUCUGGUAAUGGAAACGGAAAUGAAGAGAAUUCACUUCAACUGAGGAGGUCGAAAUCCGAGGAGAGUAAAGUUUCGGUUUUGGAUGAUCAAAAAAAGGGGAAUCAUGUUUCCGUUGAAGAAAAUGAGAAGAACCCAGUUGAAACAGACAAGAAUGGAUCUGAGUCUGAGGAGAACUGUAAAGAGUUUGGUUUGUGCCAAGAAAAUGUCAUUUCAAGCAGGACAAGCAAUGGAAAUAUGGUCAAAUCAUCUCCUGAAGUAUUAGUUGUUGAAGAUGAUGGUGAUGGUGUUGAAGAUGAUGAAGAAUUUUAUGAAGAAGAGGAAGAGGUGGAAGAGGAGGAAAUUGAAGUUAGGAAUGAAAAGAAGAGCUUUGACAUUAAGGAAAUGAAUGUACCAGAGGAGAAGCCUAACAAAGUUGCUAAUGAAGUGAAGAAAUUUGCAGAAGAAAAACAUAACAAAGUUGUUAAUGAAGUGAAGAAAAAUAGCCAAUUCCAUAACAAAACUGCACCUUUUUCUUCAACUGUCAAUAAGCAGCCUCCACCAGUUGUUAAGCGUGCUACUUCGGUUUACACAACUCCAUCAAAAUCUACUCCUUAUUCAGCCUCAGAUGAUUUCCACUACCAGAGUUUCCCACAAACUCAGAACAAAUUGCUGAAUUUAGUUGAUUUAGCAAUGUGGAGAGACGUAUCGAAAUCGGCAUUGGUCUUUGGGAUGGGAACUUUUAUCAUCAUCUCAUCCUCUUACACCAAGGACCUCAACAUUAGCUGUAUUUCUGUAAUUUCCUAUCUGGGACUUGUUUACCUUGCUGCCAUCUUCCUUUACAGAUCAAUCAUCUGCAGGGGAGUUGUGGAUACAGAUGAAUCAACCUGUGUGCUUGAAGAAGUAGAAGCAGUUUGGUUACUUGAAUUGGUUCUUCCUUACUUGAAUGAGUUCCUACUAAAGCUCAGGGCACUUUUUUCUGGUGAUCCUGUUACUACAAUGAAGUUGGCAGUACUGCUGUUUGUUUUGGCCAGGUGUGGCAGCUCCAUAACUAUCUGGAAAAUGGCUAAAUUGGGCUUUUUUGGCGUUUUCACCGUUCCGAAAGUAUGCUCCUCUUAUUCCCACCUAUUAACUGCAUACGGAAAAUUUUGGAUACGACGCUUUUGGGAUGCAUGGGACUCAUGCACACAUAAAAAAGCCGUGGCAGUGGUCAUCUUCACCCUGGUUUGGAACCUAUCUUCAAUUGUUGCUCGCAUUUGGGCUGCAUUCAUGCUUUUUGUGGCUCUCCGAUACUAUCAGCAAAAAAUGGUGAAAGAUGAUUGGGUGGAGGAUGAAGGUGGGCCUGGUACUGGAGAAACAUGGCAAGGACCGAUGGGAAGACAUGGGGUUGGGCCACCUAGAGCAGCGCCAAAUAAAGUGAAGAAAGGAUCUUAAGAGUGAGCUUUGGCCCAUGCCUACUAUUAGGUGUUGUAUUGUUUACAAGACACGUUCCAAGUUGUUGUUUUAUGUUUUAUGUUUUUUUUUUAAUAUAUAUCUUUAUAAUAAUAUAUUUUCUCUGUUUUUUUUUUUUUGGGCCGUGAAAAUCACAUAAUGGUUUUGGUCGAGUUGAGCCCUUUUGUUACACCUAAAAAUGGGAUUUGAGUUCCUCUCAAUAAAAACUUUAUCCAGAAAUAACAGACUUUUAAAUUACUGUU